UCUGUUGGCUGUCUGUUGUGGAAAAUUUUUCAUUAGAAAUGCAGUGACUAUAAAAAGGGAUGUAAAACCUAACAAUAUAUAGAAUAAUUAAAAAAUAAAGAAGAGUCCUUAUCUAUGAGUAGCUUAUCUGUGUGUGGAAAUAUAGAAACAUUUUACUAGGUUAUCUUAUUUUAUUUUUAAUUAUUUUUUGCAUUAUACAUUACUUGGGUCAGAAACAAAGCCAUGUGUUAAACCACAGACUCUGUCAUGGAGGAGCUGGAUCCAGAGGAGCAGUUUCUUCAGGAUGCCAGAAAUGGGAACCUGCCAGGAAUUCAAAGGCUUUUGAUGUCUAAAAUAAAAGAAGAAGCAAAAUUUGACAUCAACUGUAAAGGCAAGAGUAGGUCAAAUUUUGGAUGGACUCCUCUUCAUCUGUCCUGUUACUUUGGACACAAGGAUGUGGUAGAGGAAUUGCUAAAGGCUGGAGCAGAUGCCGAUCUGACAAACAACGUAGGAGACACACCUCUUCAUAAAGCAGCAUUCACAGGACGACAGGAGGUGGUGAAGUUGCUGCUUGAGUACAAUGCCUGUCCUUCUGUCAUCAAUGGCUCAGCUCAGAUUCCCAAAGACAUCACACACGAUGAGGAGAUCAGGAGCAUGCUGGAGGCGGCUGAGCGAACCGAGGAGAGGAAGUUGGAAGAGCAGGUGUUAGAAGCAGCUCGAGAAGGAGCCACAACUACCCUGUUAAAACUGCUGGCCAGGGAGAAACCUCCAAACAUCGACUGCACAGACCUGCUGGGUAACACACCAUUACACUGCGCUGCAUACAGAGGCCAGAAACAGUGUGCAGUCAAACUGUUGCAGAAAGGAGCCAGCCCCAACAUCAAGAACAAGAACGGUCAGACUGUGUUUGAUCUUGCGAAGGACACAGACAUGAGGCAGAUACUGGAGGGCAGUCUGAUGAAAGGACUGAGGCGUUAUGUUCAGAUGUUUGAAGGUCCUCUUUGGAAGAGCACCAGGUUUUUUGGCUGGCGUUCCUGCUGGGUUGUUCUUCAAGAUGGAGUUUUGUCAUGGUACUCAAAACAGUCCGAUGCUACAUCCAACAGUCAGUGUAAAGGCUGCAAAACACUGACCCAAGCCCAAUGUAGUACUAAGGACAGCUGCUACUUUACACUCAAGUGCUUUGAUGACAGUGUCCAUUAUUUCAAAGUCUCACCAAAAGGCAACCCAGAAGCCAGCAGAAAAAAAUGGUUGGACGCUAUCGAGGCACACUCAGCGUUCAGCACUCAUUACUGCUCACAGGAUCAAGGCAGUGAUGAAGAUGAGGAUGAGGUGAUAUUGAUGGGCGAGUUGACAGAGUCUCUCCAGUGGGCUGAGGCAUGUCAUGGGAAGUUGGAGUCUGAGGUGUUGUCCCUCCUCUCUAUGGUGAAAGAGGAUGCACUCAGUGAAGGCUUCCCGGUGGCUAUGCUACAGAAGCUCAGAGAGGUGUGUGAGGCGUCUAGUGAGACCUGUUCAAGUCUCCGUCAGUGUCUGGAAUUGUUCUCCAAACAGGAGGGGGCACGCAACUUGAAACUGGAGCAGGAAGUGGAGAAGAACAAGAUCCUCUCGGAGGCUCUGCAGACUUUGGCUACAGAGCAUCAUGAGCUAGAGCAGUCUGUGGUUGGAGGCUCGUCUCCCCGCAGUGCCGUUCUCAGCGAGGACGACUUCUAUGAUGCGCUUUCCCAGUCUGACUCGGAGCAUUCGCAUAGCUGCCUAGAGUUGAGUUGCUCGUUCGUGGAAGGGGACGAGGGCAGGUCAGAGCUCUAUUAUAGUGUGGCCGGUUGUCUUACUGGAGGGAGGAUGUCCCAAGAGGAUUGGCAUGGAGAUGAAGAGGAGGAGGAUAAAAAAGCCAAAUCCAAUAAAGGCAGAAAACACAGGACAAGUUUGCCAGCUCCCAUGUUUUCCAGAAACAACUGCAGCAUUUGGAGCAUACUGAGAAAAUGCAUUGGAAUGGAACUGUCUAAAAUAACCAUGCCAGUCAUCUUCAAUGAGCCGCUCAGCUUCUUACAGAGACUCACAGAGUACAUGGAGCACACAUAUCUCAUUCAGCAGGCUAACGACUCCACUGACUCCAUCGAGAGAAUGAAGUGUGUAGCAGCAUUCACAGUGUCUGCAGUGGCAUCUCAGUGGGAGAGGACAGGGAAACCCUUUAACCCCCUGCUCGGGGAAACCUAUGAGCUCAUCAGAGAGGAUCUGGGUUUCCGGGUGAUCUCGGAGCAGGUGAGUCACCAUCCUCCAGUAAGUGCUUUCCAUGCUGAGGGCCUGCAGACGGAUUUUGUUUUCCAUGGGUCCAUCUACCCCAAGCUGAAGUUCUGGGGUAAAAGUGUAGAGGCUGAACCAAAAGGAAUCAUGACUCUGGAGCUGCCCAAAUAUAAUGAGGCGUACACGUGGACAAACCCGACAUGCUGCGUUCACAACAUCAUUGUGGGGCAGCUGUGGAUUGAACAGUACGGUAAUGUGGAGGUGAUCAACCACAGAACUGGAGAGAAGUGCUGUCUAAGCUUCAAACCUUGUGGUCUUUUUGGAAAAGAGCUGCACAAAGUUGAGGGCUACAUUCUUGACAAAAGCAAAAAGAAAGUGUGCGUUUUAUAUGGGAAGUGGACGGAGUGUAUGUACGCAGUGGAUCCAGCAAAGUUUGAGGCUCACAAGAAGAGCGAUAAGGUCACAGAGAAGAAAAGCAGUAAAGAGGGGUCCAGUGCUGAGUCUGAAGAAAGACAACAACCAGGCAGCGAUUCUCUGGAGGAGAUUCCAGGCAGCCAGUUACUCUGGAAAAUCACACCACGACCAGCAAACUCUGCUCAGAUGUACAACUUCACGUCCUUUGCCAUGCAGCUAAAUGAGCUACAUGAAGAGAUUGAAGCUGUAAUUCCCAAAACUGACUGCAGAUUGAGACCCGACAUCCGUGCAAUGGAAAAUGGAGACAUUGACUUGGCUAGUGAAGAGAAAAAGAGGCUGGAGGAAAAACAGAGAGCAGCACGCAAGAACCGGUCCAAGUCAGAUGAGGACUGGAAGACAAGGUGGUUUCAUCAGGGUCCAAACCCUCAUACCAACUCUCAAGACUGGCUCUUCUCCACCGCUUACUGGAACCGAGAUUAUUCCCAAGUGCCUGAUAUUUACUGAGCAAGCUACAAUAUCUUCAAGCUAACUGGUCCAUGUGGGAUAUUUGUGGGAUAAACUUGUGUCUUAGAAUGAACAGGUUUAUAAUUCCUGCAAGUCCCCUUUAUAUUAUUUUUUUUUUAAAGGAAAUUGUUCCUAAUUAAUUCUUCAUGCAUAUUAAUUAUAAAGGUGGAGUCAUUCAGUAAUGUAAAGUCAAUCAUGUGAUGGUUUACUUAAGCUGCCCUAAUAAGAAAAAAGUGAUAAUAUUUAUCAUUGAGGAUUGAAAUUAUCAGUGGUUAACAGAGGUGACAUUUUUAAAUGAAAUGCAUUUGUAUGACAAUCAUCCCCUUUUCUAACGAAUCAGAACACAGGAACACUAAUAGUUUUUAAUUAUGUACUAAACAUUAUUUAUUUUAAAGCUUUUUUUAUGCUUCACUUUUUCACUAAUGUACUGAGUAUUUUAAAAUAAUAUUUAACGGAGAUGUGCAGAUUUACAUGCUUCUUCAGCUUGGAACGUUUGUUCUCAGUAAUGACAAGGAAGUAACUUUUUUCAUUGUCUUGUAGUGAUUUGUAGUGAUUUACGGUGUGUGUGUGUGUGUGUGUGUGUGUGUGUGAGAGAGAGAGAGAGAGAGAGAGAGAGAGAAUCCUACUCAUGAAAACCUAAUAAUGUGAAACAUUACCUCAACAUAAGCAGAUUAUGUUUAGCUCAGUUAGUUUAAGGUUGGUGAGUUUGUGAUGGACGAUUUGAGGUGUUUAAUGCAUUUCAUAAACACACAGACAGUUUCAAGUUUAAUAUAACCUACUCCUGUUUAUUUGAUUCUAGAAUUCUGUAUAUUAUUAUUUGCUGUUGUUUUGUGUACAUCAUAAGGUUGUAUAGCUGGAUUUUGCUCAUCUGCUGAAUAAAACUCUGAACAGACCCAAGCAGAUAUCUGUUACUAAAGUCACAGAAGUGAAAAAUAAAAAUUAAAAACAUCAUCUGAAAAAA